AUUGGGCUGGGGAAUAGGAAACAAGCUCUGGAUGUUAGGGAAGAAAAUGAUGGAAGAAACAACGAGCAGAGAGAAGAUGAUGAAUAUUGGAGCAAUCCUAAGACCAUAGCAGCUAUUGAGAGGGUAAUAAAUGCAAUGGCUAAAAAGGCAUUUUCUGAAAAAGGCAUUGAAGACAUUCCCUCUUUCUCAAUCGGACUGACACCAGAUGAAGCCACACAAUGGGGUCCCAUAUCUGAGGUAUGUGCACAGUUUGAAAACGAAUACUUUCAGAAGCAAAGUUCUGCUCGUGUUGAGAAGAACAAUGCAGCAGGAAGUGAGGUACCACAGGGCGACAAAGAGGUAGAAAAUCAUGUUGAAGUCCCAUAUGAAAUGAUAAAAGAGAAGGAAGGAGCCAAUCUUGAGGACCCAAAGAGGAACAACAGUAUGAAGAACAGUGAGUUGGAUUUAGGAAAAGGAAGGAUGGAAUUGAGGUCAAGGAGAGGAAAGGCUGCUGAAGAUCUAAAAGCUUCAUACAUGGCAAGGAUAAUAGACUCGAG